AUGGGACUCCUUACAAUAAUCAGGAAGAAUCGGAUGAAGGAGAAGGAAAUGCGAAUCCUUUUUCUUGGACUUGAUAAUGCUGGAAAAACAACGAUAUUGAAAAAGCUAAACGGCGAAGACAUCAUGAAUACAAGUCCAACCUUGGGUUUCAAUAUCAAAACCUUCGUACAUGGCAAACCUCGUUAUAUCCUCAUCUCAGGGGAUGUUGGAGGUCAGCGGACCCUACGACCAUAUUGGCGUAAUUACUUUGAACAAACGGAUGCCCUAGUCUGGGUGGUCGACUCUGGGGACCGAAUGCGAAUGAGUGAUUGUAGGGAUGAGCUAAAUAGCCUUCUCCUCGAAGACCGCUUAGCCGGUGCGUCUCUUCUCGUUUUCGCAAAUAAAUGGGAUCUUCAAGGUUCCAUGAAUGACUCCCAAAUACGAGACGCACUCGACCUCAGCUCGAUUAAAUCGCACCACUGGAAGAUUCUUUCGUGUAGUGCUGUCACAGGAGAAAAUCUGGUCGAUGGCCUCAAUUGGGUGGUAGACGACGUUGCGAAACGUUUGUAUUACUCGUCGACAGCUCUUUGA